AUGAUUUUUCCAAUUUUUUUAUUUUUGUUAUUUUCUAACACAGCUUCAGUCUUUAUUUCAUCUACAAAUUUUUUGGAACGUGAUAAGUCAAUUGAAAAUGCUAAAUUAAAAGUUGAUCAACAAAGAUGUAUUUCAAUGUCAAAAGAUAGUACAUAUCCAAAAAUUGUAUCUGUUGAGGAGCAUUCACCAGCAUAUUUACAUUGUUCAAUAACACCAAAUUCAAAUAAUAUUGUUGCUUGGACAAGAUUAAAAGAUCAAACUUUAUUGACAGCAGGGGCAAAAAGUUUUACCACAGAUGGAAGAUUUCAAAUUUCACCACGAAAUGAUAAUGAUUGGGUAUUGAUUAUUAGGAGAACUGAAUUAUCUGAUACAGGAUGUUAUUUUUGUGAAAUUAAUACAGAACCAAAUAGAGUUGUUGAACCAGUAUUUCUUGAGAUAAGGCCAAGACGGUCUGCAAAUCAAAAUUCAAUGGGUGCAGCUGCUGUUUCCAUGUCUCAAAAAAGAAAAACUUCAUUAUCAAUUGGAAUUGAAAAAAAUGACAUAAUUUUAAAUUGUACUAUAACUGGAUUACCAAGUGAUAGUGAUGAAGUUAUAUGGAGUAAAAAUGAUAUUCCAAUGGAUCUAACUCAAUCAGAUAAAUAUUUUGUCCUCCAACAAAUGCACCUAUCAUCAAUGAGUCAUAUUUUAUAUAUAUAUGAUGGAAACAAAAAUGAUGAAGGAAUUUAUAGUUGCAGUGGAAAUAACCUUCCUACAGCCCAACAUCGAUUAACUUUAAAUAGUGCCAAUAAAUAUUAUUUUUCAUACUGUUAUUUUGUCAUAAUAUUUAUUAAAUUACUAAUUAAUCUUCAAAUAUAUUAA